AAAACAGGAGCCACACAGAUGGGAGACAGCGGUUGAAGGGUGGAUUCAACAGUCAGGCUCCCAGAGCCGACAGAGGUGCGGGAGAGCGGAAAGAUGGGAGACCACGGAAGGGUUGUAGCCCGGUUUGGACGGGCCCUACCUUGGGGUAGGUGUGCAAGGGGUAGGUCAACUGACAGGCCCGGUGACAAGACGCCGUAUCACCCAAGACCGAGUCAAAAGCUUCAGCCGAAGCGGUCCCCGAGCCUCCGGUCAGGGCCAUAGUCAGCAGCAGCAGCAGCGGCGAGAGCCCCAGUUGGGCCCUGACCCAGAGGCUCCCCUUCGGCGCCGCCAUUUUGUUUGCCUCUGUCACAGCACCUCAGCUUGUUGCUGUUUUCUUUUCAGGUUUCCUCCUCCUUCCGGGACCAGCCCCUUCCCAGUCCCGCGGGCCGCUGCUUCCGCCUCUGCCGUCCUCUCAGCUCCGCCCUGACCCGCCCGAAACUGCCGCCUCUCGCCCCACCUCUAGGUCUACGAACUUCUAGAACACGGUGCAAACACGUGAAGGUAGUUGGAGUCCCCUAGCAAUGGAUAAAUUCGUCCUUCGAACACCCAGAAUCCAGAAUAGUCCUCAGAAGAAAGCUCCUGGAGGAAAGAUUUACAAGCAGGCCACGAUUGAAUCUCUGAAGAGAGUUGUGGUUAUAGAAGACAUAAAAAGAUGGAAAACUAUGUUGGAGCUUCCUAAUCAAACCAAAGAGAAUCUAGUUGAAGCCUUACAAGAAUUAAAGAAGAAAAUACCCUCCAAGGAAGUGUUAAAAUCAACAAGGAUAGGUCACACUGUGAACAAGAUGCGUCAACACUCAGAUUCAGAAGUGGCUUGUCUUGCCAGAGAAGUUUACACUGAGUGGAGAACUUUCAUUGAAAAACACGUGGAUAGACCUUCUAUAGAAGUCCGAAGUGAUUCCAAAACCGAGACAUUUAGGAAAAACGCCCAGAAAUUACUCUCGGAAGCCUUGGAAUUGGAGAUGGAUCACCUACUGGUUGAAAAUAUUGAACGGGAAACGUUUCAUCUCUGCUCCCGCCUCAUUAAUGGGCCAUACCGGCGGACAGUGAGAGCCCUGGUCUUCACAUUAAAGCAUCAAGCUGAAAUCCGGGCUCAGGUGAAGAACGGCACGCUGCCAGUCGGCACGUUUGUACAGACCCACAAAAAGUGACCUGAGGAUGGUUCCAACCCUGGGCUGGGCAGAAAGGAAAAUGGGCCUUUCUCUGCCAUUCAAAGACUCUUUUGAGUUUGGGCGAUGGCUGAUGCUGGCGGUGCUGAAUUUUCCCAUGGUGCCAUUCCUUCAGACAGAGGAUACAGAGAGCCCCGGGAGACAGACCUGCAGGAAAUGCUUCAUUAGCUGGAGUGCGCUGGUGCUGCCUAACAGGAUGUGCACUCGCUGUCGCUAGGAAGCGCAGUACGGUUGCCAUCACCCAACACAGUGAGAGGGUGACGGAUUCCACUGUGAAUGUGCCAGGGACACCUCUAAACUUCCCCCGUGUCAGGCAGAUGAAGUUACUACUUUAUUUUGCCACCCUGCAGGUAACUGAAACUCAAUUACCGCAGCUGCUCACUCGGUUCCAUCCCCCUGAGUUUAGAUAGCUCCAGUGCCUCUCAGAACUCCCCUGUCUGUUCUCUUUGCUCUACCCCAGGGGUGAGCCUGCCGGAGCCCGUCAACUACCCCUUCUUUCCAGAACUCACUUAUCUGAACGUUUCAGCUCUCCCUGGAAGACCUUCUGCGUUGGUCUCCAGAGCCCCCAUGCUGAGGCUUCUAAUGAGGAACUGGCCUGAAGCAUCCCCACACCUUGGGGUUUAUUUGAAUAUGUUGGCUAUCUCGGUUUAGGGCUCUGUAGAAGAUACAUAAUGAAAUUGCUCUUGAAAUGAAUUAUUGUAGGAGAAAAAUUAUAUACAUAUGUAUUUUCAAAUGAAAUACCCGUAUAUAUACUUGCUUGAACAAUUAUGU